GGAGUCACUGUCUUGCAGUAGCUCGUGGGGCAGCAUAAGAGAUUCCCUGGAGAGAAUGAGGGAGAGGACCAACAGCAUUGCUCAGAGUCCCUUGCCCAAAGCCAAUAUUCAAGACGUAGGUGAUGAAGAAGAAGAAAAGGUACAGAGUCUUCCACUGGCUAUUCCUCGUCCUCCCAUCAACCGGCAUGUUGUCUGUGAGCGAUACCCCAAGGGAAAGGCUUCCGUGUUGGUUUUUAUGCUAAAUUUCAUUGUCAAUUACGCCUAUGGUGUAGCCAUAACCGGUAUCCUGGACAUAUUUGAAACACAGAGGGAUGCGGUUGAAAAAUACUCAAGCUCAUCUCCGUUGGAAAGGCACUCUCUUCAUUUCGUCAAGUUGCUGUUUCAGUACUGCAUCAGUCAAAUUUUCUACCCACUGGCAGGUUUUCUAGCUGAUGUCUACACUGGUAGAUGGCGUAUGAUAUACCUCUCUAUCCUCUUCUUGCUCACUGGUUAUGUGAUCAUAGUUGCGUCUUUCACUUUAGAAGGACAAAGUAGCAUUCACCUAUCCACUCUAGUGAGAUACACAAUCAAUGGCAUAGCGUAUCUCUUUCUGAGUAUUGGUGGAGGGGCGUUUGAGGCCACUAUCAUACCUCUUGGGGUUGACCAGCUCCAGGGAGCAUCGUCUGCUGAAAUUAGCUCCUAUUUCCACUUUUUUUACUUCAGUCGGAACCUCGGAAUGGCAAGUGGAAUCAUUGUGUCCUGCCUUCUCUCAUACGUCAAUAUAAAAAUGUCCGACAUUGAGGGUGGUUCGCUGCAGUUGUAUAAUGCGUUUCAGCCACUGGUCACGACAGCUGUACUGAGUGUUGGACUCAUUCUGAUCAUCUGUUUCCACCACUGGUUCUUCAAGAACACUCUGUGGGAGAACCCAGUAAAACUCAUUGUCAGGAUCCUCUGCUACGCUGCCACAGUCAAACGCCACCUCCCAGUCCGCAACAGAGCCUUCAGGUACGGAGAAGAGAGGAAGAGGAGAAUCGAACUGGCAAAGAUCACAUACGACGGUGAGUUUCCCGACGACAAAGUGGAAGAAGUGAAGACUUUCUGUGGCAUUGUUUUGAUACUACUCUCACUCGCUCCUGCCAUGUUCUCAGUUAAUGCAGUAAGCUAAGCAAUAAGGGUAACCCGCUGUUUAUGAAAGUCUCGUUUCCCUCUACAGCUCGAUGUUCUAAUAUCCCAAGAAACCAACCAAACUCUGAUGAAAUUGUACCCGAAUCCAUACUUUGCCGAGCUCUACCCACACAUUUACUGGGGAGUCAACACAAUAGCCAUCACGUUUAUUUUACCGGUGGUUAAUUUCCUUGUCAUUCCGUGUUUCCCAAAGCUCACCAUCAGAGCUAGGAUUGGAAUCGGUCUGGUCCUGUAUUGCAUUGGUAGUGUGGUAGUUGUGAUAAUCCAUGCCGUUCCACUAGCCAUCAACAGCCAGCACAGCACAGUCUCAGGUGCUCAGAUUGGCUGUCUCCUCAUUCCAAUGCUGAUCUUCGCCCUUGGAGAGGCCAUAACUGCUGUCUCUGUGCUAGAGUUUAUAUAUGCCCAGUCUCCGGAGAGUAUGAAAGGUCUACUCACUGGACUCUUCUAUUUUUUUCUUGGUGUUGCCUCCAUCCCUUCUGCAGCCCUAUACUAUCUCUACAAAACCAGCCUUGAAAACAAAACCCUCCUCCCUUUCUACAUAGCACUGACCAUCAUUACAGUGGUGGGUACAGUGUUCUAUAUGGUGGUUGGAGCUCUGUAUAGAAACAGACAGAGAGAUGAUGGGAACAGUCUUCAGCGGAGGUUGAUUAUUGAGAACCAGUUACACAGCACUGUCACUGCAGAAGACUGAACCUUUUCUCUGUGUAUUAGUUUGGUGUUGAGACAAUCAUGCUAUGUUUUACUCUUAAGUUUAAAUUCUGACAA